AGUCCGUCCGGCUCGGCUGCUGUAGAAUUGGGCUGACGUGUCGGCGGUUGCUGCGGUGGGCCGGGCAAAGCUGAACCGGGCCGGACCAGCGCCGCGGCCACUAUGGCGGAGGCGUGGGACGAGAUCCGACGGUUGGCAGCCGACUUCCAGCGGGCGCAGUUCGCAGAGACCACGCAGAGGUUAUCAGAACGGAACUGCAUUGAAAUUGUCACUAAAUUGAUUGCUCAGAAGCAGUUAGAAGUGGUUCACACACUUGAUGGUAAAGAAUAUGUUACUCCUGCUCAGAUAACUAGAGAAAUGAGGGAUGAGCUUCAUGUUCGUGGUGGUCGAGUAAACAUUGUUGACCUACAGCAGGUAAUUAAUGUGGAUCUGACUCAUAUUGAAAACAGAAUUAGUGACAUUAUUAAGUCAGAGAAAAAUGUUCAAGUAGUGUUAGGACAACUGAUAGAUGAGAACUAUUUGGAUCACUUAGCUGAAGAAGUAAAUGACAAACUACAGGAAACAGGUCAAGUGCCCAUAUCAGAACUUUGUAAAACCUAUGAUCUUCCAGGAAACUUUUUGACACAGGCACUGUCCCAGCGUCUGGGUAAAAUUAUCAAUGGGCAAAUAGACCUUGACAACAGGGGAGUGAUUUUUACUGAGGCAUUUGUGGCUCGACAUAAGGCGCGCAUACGUGGUCUUUUUAGUGCAAUUACCCGACCUACUCCAGUAAUUUCUUUGAUUUCCCGCUAUGGAUUUCAGGAGCAACUGCUUUAUUCUGUGCUUGAGGAACUUGUUAAUAGUGGACGUUUAAAAGGUGCAGUAGUUGGUGGGAGACAAGAUAAAGCUGUUUUUGUUCCUGAUAUCUAUUCAAGAACACAGAGCAACUGGGUGGAUUCCUUUUUCAGGCAAAAUGGUUAUCUAGAAUUUGAUGCUUUAUCCAGACUUGGGAUUCCAGAUGCUGUAAGCUACAUAAAGAAAAGAUACAAAACUACACAGCUCUUGUUUUUGAAAGCUGCUUGUGUUGGUCAAGGAAUUGUAGACCAGAUUGAAGCUUCAGUAGAGGAAGCCAUCAGCUCUGGUUCCUGGGUGGAUAUUUUGCCACUACUGCCCAGUUCUUUAUCAGUAGAAGAUGCUGGAAUGUUGCUUCAGCAGGUGAUGAGAACAUUCAACAAACAGCCAUCAGCUGUAGUCUUUAAUGAUACUGUCGUAGUAAGUGAAAAGUUUAUAAAUAGCUGUGCGGAGUUGUUCAGUGAUUUGAUGCAUCAGAAAGCUGAAAAGGAAAUGAAAAGUAAUCCUGUUCAUGUAAUCACUGAAGAAGAUUUGAAACAGUCCCCUAUCCUGGAAAGUGUUAGUUCAAGUAAAAAAGAUAAAAAAGAUGAACGACGAAGAAAAGCAACAGAGGGCAGUGGAAGUGUGAGAGGAGGUGGUGGUGGAAAUGCCAGAGAAAUCAAAAUUAAAAAGACCAAGAAGAAAGGAAGGAAAGAUGAUGAUAGUGAUGAUGAGACUCAGUCAGCAAACACUGGUAGGAAAAAACCUGAAAUCACAUUCAUGUCGCUAGAGGAAAUUGAAGAUGUUUUAAAGAAGCACAUACAGGAUGGCCCUGAAGAAUUUGUUACAGAACUUGCUGAACAUUUAAUAAGAUACCUCAAUAGAAGUUAUCUGGAAGUGGUACGUUCAGUUUUUAUGUCUUCAACUUCUUCUGCAUCUGGAGCUAGUAGGAAACGUACCAUCAAAGAUUUACAAGAGGAGGUGUCAAAUCUAUACAACAAUAUUAGAUUAUUUGAAAAAGGAACAAAGUUUUUUACAGAUGAUGCACAAACUAACCUUGCCAAGCACUUGCUGAAGACUGUUUGUACAGAUAUCACUAAUCUAAUUUUCAACUUCUUAGCUGCUGACUUAAUGAUGGCAGUAGAAGAUCCUACUACCAUAACAAGUGAGGUAAGAAAAAAGAUUUUAGUAAAACUUUCAGAAGAGACUAAAGGUCCUCUCACAAAGCUCCAUAACUCUCUGAAUGAAAAAAGCUUAGAAGACUUUCUUUCUUUUCUGGACUCUGCAGCAGAUGCUUGUGAUAUUAUGGUGAAAAAGGGAGACAAGAAAAAAGAAAGGCAGGUGCUAUUCCAACACAGACAAGCACUGAUUGAACAGCUGAAAGUUACAGAAGACCCAGCUCUUAUCCUACACCUUACCUCAGUUCUGUUGUUUCAAUUCUCAACUCAUUGUAUGUUACAUGCACCUGGACGAUGUGUACCACAAAUCAUUGCUUUUCUUAGCAAUAAAAUGCCAGAGGAUCAACAUUCUCUUCUGGUCAGAUACCAAGGCCUAGUUGUGAAGCAGCUGGUUAAUCAGAAUAAAAAAACUGGACAAGGAGAUGACCAGUUGAUUAACCAAGUAGACAAAGAGCAUGAAGAUGCUAAUAAUGCCAUUCGAAGGGAACUUCAAGAAAUUUCCACCUCUAUCAAGGACCUUGUCCUCAAAUCCAGAAAAUCUUCUGUAACAGAGGAGUAAUAACCCUUAACAAAAUGGACAAGAAGAAGCAUACUUUAUAUGGAAACACUUCACCCCUCAAAAGAAGAGACUUACUUAUUUUAGAGCAAAAAUUGAACAGUAUAAACAUCAUCAUAGUAACUUUAAAAUAGGACACGAUCUUGGAAUGCCUGGAUCUGGAAUAUUAUAAAACAUGCAGAUGAAAUAAAAAUAAAAGGCAAAGUUAUUCAGCUUUUUGAGAUUUG